AUGAACAAAUUCUUUAAGUUUCAACAAAUGAAGAAGAAAAACAAAAGACUGUUCAAAUAAGAAAUUAACACAUUAAUCACCAAUAUUAAAAAAGAUCUUGACACAAAAAAAUAAAUUAAGUUGUUAACCCUUAAGAAAAAAGGAAAAUUCUCUUAGGAUGAAGUAGACUAUAUUAUGUAGGUUGUCAAUGAAUAUUUUAUUUAAAACAAUCUGAAUAAUUAGGGUUUAAAAGAUUAUAUUAAAGUGAAGACUUUUAGACUCUCAAAAAUUUGGCUUACAAUUGCUCAAUAAAUAUGUAAUAUUACUGUUGAUUAACAGAAAAUUAGACACCAACAAUCGAUAAGGCUAUUGGAGUAAAGAUUAAGAAGCAGAUUUAAUCAAAUAUAUCUAAUAAUAUGGAAGAAAAUAGAGAGAAAUUAGUAAACAUUUAAAACGAACACUAUUCUUAUCUAGAAUUAUGA